ACAGGUGUCAGUGGGAGAAUCAGUAGACGGACAUUGGAGUGAGGAGCUUAUAGAGCCAGAAAGGUUGGCAGCAUUGGUGGCUCAGCUGUCCAGCCAGGCAAGAGCCCAUCUUCAGCACUCCAGCCAUCACAAGGUUACAUCAGUGAGAGAUGUAGAUACAUCAGUGGUGCUAGAUACUCCUAUGAGGUUAUAUAAUGGACAGACUUUACACCCACAGUCUGAGUCAUUGGUAGUCGAAGUACCACCACUGCCUCCCCUGCCUCCUCUGCAGGACAUGAAACGGUGUCCAGACACUGACUGGUUCAACAAACAUAAGAGUGGGCUAAAAGACGACGGAUCAAUACUGGACGAGACGGAGCCUGUGUUGGGCUCGGAGCUGGCUGCGCAGGCGCAGAGCAAACAGCCCAGCAAGAAGAGUCUGCCGCACAAGAAGCGGAUCUCGAGGAAACUCAAGCGGAACACGCCCAUCAUGCCAAGCCAAGACGUAGUUGUAAUUAACUGCGCGGAUGAGAUGCCGCAAGAGGAGAUCCUGCCGGACAAUUUCGUGACAGCCGUGCAGCAUCAGGAGCACCUGCCGGAAGACACUCAUCAUAUCGCACAAGAGAUGCGAGCGAUCCUGAUCUGCCAGCUGUGCGGCGAGUUCUACGGCGAGGAGCAGCUAAAGUUCUACCAGCACCUGAAGCAGCACUACGAGCCGCACCAUGCCAUCAUCAUCGAGAACCCCGUGCCGCCGCCGGUGCCCGACCUGGCCAUUGACAAGAUGACAAGCACGUGUAUAGUAGACAACGUAGCGACGUUGCCAGAUUCGAUCGUAGAGCUGUCUCUAGAGAACACUGUACCCAAGACCAUGUACCAGAGCAUCGACAAACAUAUCCUGUACACCUCUAGCGAUAAGACUUUGUAUUCCAAUAAGGUGCAAUACUCGAUGGCGAGUAUAGACAAGGAACCCGUGCCUUGCGUGCCGACGACGGAGGCCGACAAGGCAGACUUGUACGACACGCUGGAGAAGCUGGAGUUAUAUAGCUGCAUCAAAUGCAACAAGCCCUUCCGCAAACAGAAACAGUGCGAAGCGCACAUUAAGGAGGCACAUUCUAAUUCUAAGUUGGAGGACAUGGGCGAGUUCAGCGAGCCCGAGGACUUAAUGGAAGGCAUCCACGUGGCGGUGGAGGAUGGCGGAGAACCGUACGAGCAGACGCUGCUGCCGCACCUCACCGUGGAGAAUGGGCAAGUGCACCAGGAACACGUUCGGCAUUGGUGAGAUGUUUCUUA